AUGAGGGCGCCGCUCUCCUCCCCAGCCGCCGCCUAUCCUCAGCGAAACCCUAGGCACCGAGCCGGCCGCAUCGACGCGUACGGCCGUGCUGUGUCCGCCGGUGAGGUGCUGGCGGCGCACCCCAACCACGUGCUUAGCCGGCAGUGCUCGUCGCAGCAGGGGGCGAUGGGCCGGAUACACAUCGUGUCGCCGGAGUCGAAGCUGGAGUGCGGCGAGAUCUACUUCCUCAUCCCGGCCGCCUCCGUCCCCGACGCCAAGAGAAGGACGAGCACCGGCGGCGCCGCCGGCCACGGGCACCACGUCCGCAGCAAGUCGGAGGGCAACGCCGCCGUCGCCGAUUGGUUGGGCAGCCAGUGCAGCGCGUCGCCGGAGACGACAAGGAUGAUGAGGGUGCAGAAGCAACACCACCACCAACACCGGCGGCGCAUGAGCACCGGGAGCCAUGCCUCGCCGUGGCAGCCGCACCUCUCGUGCAUCACUGAGGACCCCUGAGCUUAGCUUUCAUUUUUUUUUCUUCUCUUCUCUGAAUUCAUAGUGGUUUUUUUGCCUCCUGUGUAAUUUCCUCUGGUGCCUGGUAAAUAUUUUUGUUCACAUUUUGUGUCAAUGAUGUGCCGAUUUUACAUUCUGAAAUCAACAACUGUGUAUAAUUUUCAAGCACAAAGCGACUUCUAUUCUAGUA